GUGAGGGUGCGUGCGGGUCCGACCGCGGGGCUCGCUGAGGGUGGCGCGCGGGGACACCAACGCCGACGAUCCGUGGGGGCCGCCCGUGCCCGGAUGGCAACAGUAGUUCUAGGGGGAGACACCAUGGGCCCUGAACGGAUCUUCCCCAACCACACUGAGGAACUGGGGCCACAUCAGGGCCCUACAGAAGGAACUGGGGAUUGGAGCAGCGAAGAACCUGAGGAAGAGCAGGAAGAAACAGGGGCAGGCCCCGCGGGCUACUCCUACCAGCCCCUCAAUCAAGAUCCUGAACAGGAGGAGGUAGAAUUGGCACCAGUGGCUGAGGGAGAAGAUGUAGUUGCUGACAUCCAAGACCGGAUCCAGGCCCUGGGGCUUCACUUGCCAGACCCACCACUAGAGAGUGAAGAUGAAGAGGAGGAGGGGGCUGUAGCACUAAGCAGCCACAGCUCUAUUCCCAUGGACCCAGAACAUGUAGAGCUGGUGAAAAGGACGAUGGCUGGAGUAAGCCUGCCUGCACCAGGGGUUCCUGCCUGGGCUCGGGAGAUAUCGGAUGCCCAGUGGGAAGACGUGGUACAGAAAGCCCUCCAAGCCCGGCAGGCGUCUCCUGCCUGGAAGUGACCACCCUGAAAGCUGCCUUAAGUCCUCCCUACAUUCCAGGCCAGAACCAGCACAGGACUGAACAGAUGUCUGGCUCUAACACCCAUCUCCAUCUCCACGUGAAGGCAGAUCAUUUCUCAGAGACCCACUUUAUUCAGUUCUGUACAUAUGGGGACAUCGGCCCAAGCCCAACGCACAUUAGCAUGUAUCAAUCACUCUAUGGAGAAUAAAGCACCCUAUGUACACA